AUGGAAAGCAAUAAGCCUAUAGUUAAAUCUCACCAAGCCCCAGGUGGAAACAGUAAUUUUUCCCUUGGCUGGGAAGAACCAGUUGUGAAUAAACAACCAGUGCAAAGAGUAGGUUAGAAUCCUUAUGCUCAUGAAGAACCAGUCGCCUAACAAAGAGUGCAAAAGCAGUAUGUGAAUUAGUCACCAUGGGCUUCUCAUGACGAGCAACCUAGUUUCUAGCAAUAAAAACAGAGAGUAGAGCAAAGGCCUUUUGCCACUGAUGACAGUUAGUCCAACAAUGAAUCCAAUUAAUAUGGAAACAGAGCUGGUAGAAAAGUAUUCUAAUAAUAGCAAGAUGCUCCAUGGGCUAACCAUGAUAAUGUACAGUUUAAUCAACCAAGAUAAGAACCAGUUAUUAACUAACCAAAGAAUGCACCAUUUGCUACCUAUGGCGGUUAAUCAACUGAGAAUACUCAACCAAAGGUAAACUUCAGAGUCAAUCAAGCACCAGGUGGAACUAGUAACUUCUCUUUAAGCGAUGGCAGUUAAGGAUCAGACAGAUUCCAGACAUCUAAUCAAAAGGCUAAUUCACAAAUGGAGAAUAGAAUUGGGCAAGCUUUUAUCGGCAAGCUAAAUAACAAUCAAAAUCAGGUAGCUGGUUUCAAGUAACCUCUUGGAUAGUAGAAUGGACAACAUGUAUUUAGUCAAAUCACUUUUUGA